AAGGAUCAUGUCUGAGAGUGAGUAUUUCUUUUUUUUUUUCUAAGGGGGAGUCUUGCUCUAUCACCCAGGCUGGAGUGCAGUGGCAUGAUCUUGGCUCAGUGUAAACUCUGCCUCCCAGAUUCAAGCGAUUCUCCUGUCUCAGCAUCCUGAGUAGCUGGAAUUACAGGCAUGGGCUACCACUCCCAGCUAAUUUUUGUAUUUUUAGUAGAGAUGGGGUUUCACCAUGUUGAUCAGGCUGGUCUCGAACUCCUGACCUUGUGAUCUGCCCGCCUCAGCCUCCCAAAGUGCUGGGAUUAUAAGCAUGAGCCACUGUACCCAGCCAAGAGUGAGUAUUUCUGAUCCAGAGACAAUGGUCCCGAUGAGAUGGAGCCUGAAGGCAUCAUUGAGAGAAACUGAAAUGAGAUUGUUGACAGUUUUGAUGAUAUGAACCUCUUGGAAUCCCUCCUCCAUGGCAUCUAUGCCUAUGGUUUUGAGAAGUCCUCUGCCAUCCAGCAGCGAGCCAUUCUUCUUGUAUCAAGGGUUAUGAUGUGAUCACUCAAGCCCUACCUGGGACUGGGAAAAUGGCCACCUUUGCCAUAUCAAUUCUGCAGUAGAUUGAAUUAGAUCUAAAGGCUACCCAUGCCUUGGUCCUAGCAUCCACUUGAUAAUUGGCUCAAAACAUAGAGAAGGUGGUCAUGACACUAGGAGACUAUAUGAGUGCCUCCUGUCAUGCCUGUACUGGGGACACCAAUGUGCAUGCUGAGGUGCUGAAACUGCAGAUGGAAGUUCCCCAUAUCAACGUGGGUACCCCUGGCCACAUGUCUGAUAUGCUUAACCAGAGAUACCUGUCUCCCAAAUACAUCAAGAUGUUUGUACUGGACGAAGCUGAUGGAAUGUUAAGCCAUGGAUUCAAGGACUCAAUCUAUGACAUACUCCAAAAGCUCAACAGCAACACCCACGUGGUUUUGCUAUCAGCCACAAGGCCUUCUGAUGUGCUUGAGGUGACCAAGAAGUUCAUGAGGGACCCCAUUUGGAUUCCUGUCAAGAAGGAAGAGUUGACCCUGGAGGGGAUCCACCAAUUCUACAUCAAUGUGGAACACGAGGAGUGGAAGCUGAGCACACUGUGUGACUUGUAUGAAACCCUGACUGUCACUCAGGCAGUCAUCUUCAUCAAUACUGGAAAGAAGGUAGAUUGGCUCACUGAGAAGAUGCAUGCUUGGGACUUCACUGUCUCUGCCAUGCAUGGAGAUACGGACCAAAAGAAUGACAUGUGAUCAUGAGGGA